CAUAUGUAUAUUUAUGAAGUAGUAACUGAUGGAAUGAUUUCGCAGUUGGUACUUAAGAUCGUCUACAAGCGGUGAUAAUUUAUCGGUGAUAAAGGCUAUAAUUCGUAAAAAGGACAAGUCAAUAGGCUGAAAAUAUACACUGUUAUCGAAAAUUCAAUUGAAUAAUGGCUGUUUCAAUCAAAAAUGGAUUUAAACGUUUUGGAAAUGAGAAACUGGUUCUUAACAAUAUAAACGUCAAUGUUUCCAGUGGAGAAAUCUACGGUAUUCUUGGUGCGAGUGGCUGUGGCAAGACGACGUUGCUCUCAUGUGUCGUAGGAUUACGUCAACUAGAUUCUGGCCAAGUGACCGUGUGCAAUCAAUCCCGGCCGGACAAUCUUGGCAGUUUUUGUGGAUAUAUGCCUCAAGAGACAGCGCUUUUAAGUGUGUUAACGAUCAGAGAGGUCCUAAAGUACAUUGGAUUGCUUUAUGGAAUGGAAACUCAAGAAAUUGAGAGUAGGACACGUUUCCUGUCAGAGAUUCUGGAUCUUUAUCAACUUGAUGCAGUAAUUCAAAAGUUAAGCGGUGGACAAAAGCGUAGGGUAUCCUUGGCUGCGGCAAUGAUUCAUAAUCCAUCCCUACUCGUGUUGGACGAACCUUGUGUUGGGCUGGAUCCUUUGUUGCGAGAGAGGAUCUGGCAGUAUUUAUCCGAGAUUUCUAGCAAACAAGGGAAAACCGUGAUAAUUUCAACCCAUUAUUUCGAGGAGACAAAAUUUUGCGACAAAGUCGGAUUUCUGCGAGGUGGUCGUCUGUUAGUAGAGGAAAGUCCGACGUCAUUACUGUCAAUGUACCAAUCUACGAAAUUAGUGGACGUCUUCACGCAACUUUGUAAAACGGAUGAAAAUAUUCCCAAUCGCUAUGACACGAAUCUUCAGUCGGUCAAAUCGGAGACCUUAGCUGCAAAUACUGCAGCCGUGCAUGUUCCUAACACACCUGGAUCUUCUUUGAAUAUCAGACGCAACAACGCUACGAUUUUCCAAGCUUUAAUUUCAAAAUGGUGGCAUCGAAAUCGAAGGGAACCGAGAUUGUAUUUGGGGCAAAUUGGGAUUCCUAUCUUGUGCGUUCUUAUCGCUCAAAAUAUCCUCGGCGGUGAACCCCAUGGAAUCCAAGCCGGUGUCGUUAACAAUAAUUCCAAGUUGUCAAUAUCCAACCUCUUCAAGGAUGACAAGCAUUCAUCCAAUGAAUGCUUCUCAAACGUGGGAAUCUACAAUUUUCUGGAUAAAUUUGAUCAAAAAUUCAGUUGGAUUUCCGCCAAGUCAUAUGAAGAAGGCAUCGAACAAAUAAAAUCAGGACAAACCAUGCUCCUCAUCGAGUUUCCCACAGAUUACGAAACCCAUUUCAAGGAUAAGAUGGUAUAUCGACACUUUUCAAGUAACGAAUCGCUUAUCGGGUCAACCAUUUCCAUCCGCAUGGUCGAAUCAGGCUCAAUUCUUUCAGCCUGGGCGACAAAAUGUAUCCUUGAAAAGUAUAUUCUUUACAUCCAGAGUAUUUUGUCGUCAUGCUCGAUUAGUGAUGAUCUGAUUAAGCUACCACUGCAUUUCCACUCAAUCUACGGAAGUUCAGAAGCGUUCGACUUAAUUCCCUAUAUGCAACUUGGUGUCCUAACUUUGCUAAUGUUUGUAAUGCCAAUGUGCAUCGGGGUGUUUGGGUGGAGGAUAAAGUGGCAGGCCUUGAGGACCGAGAGUACGUGACCGGCGUCACUCUCUGGCACCAACUCGCUGUCAACAUCGUCACUCAAAGUUUCGUGAUUUUUGCACAAAUUGGAAUUUUCUUUGCAUUAUUUUGCGGCGUGUAUGGCAUGGUGAUUCAUGGCAAUUGGGUGCUCGCUGUUGGUUUGGUGUAUAUGACUGCCCUGUGCGGAAUGAUGAUUGGAUUUUUGGUGAGCAUUAUUUCGGACGGAAUAUUGCAGAGUGAAUUUAUUGUGGUCUUCAUAGUAUUAAUUCAAUUGAAUCCGUCAGGAAUUCUAUUUCCGACGGAAUUGGUUACACCGUUUCUUCGUAAACUGUUCACCUGGAUGCCGUUAACACAUGUGAUUGAGUCGCUACGGUCAGUUUGCACGAGAGGGUGGGACAUUUAUCAUCCGGUCGUUUGGAGAGGAUUUUUACCAGGAAUUGGAUGGAUGAUAAUUUCAGUAGUGGUUUCCCUUCUGGCAGGUCGAAUGAGGUAUAAGUAAAAUUUUAGUGAUGUUUUACUUAUGAUUUCCAAUACUUAUUUUGUCCCAAGGGGGUAAUAUUAAUUUACAUGCGUAAGUACUUGCUAAAUAAAAACAUGGAAAAUAAUUAAAUGUUUAAGCAUGUUCUUCUCAUACCCAAUACCACAUUUGAUGUUUUAUAUUUCGAAAUAUAGAGCAUAUAGUACAUACAUAAAUAUAGCCUUAGUUUCGUUAAUAGAACUUUUUUAAUGCUGCGUCUUGCUUAAGGUGUUAGAACAUAUGUACAUAUUUACGUAUUUAGAGUUAAUUUAGAAUGGUGAAUAAUAAUUAUCUAAUUACGCUCCCAAUUGCUCAAAAAUUUCACCCGAGUAUGUACUGGACUUAAUUCCAGUUCACUUAUAUCAUAUUUAUAAUAAUUAUGGUAAAUAAAUACAUUUAAAAAAGUUGGUAAUGAGCAAUUUUGUAAACAAAUAACAAAUUUACAGAGAAAUAGUGUACCCAGUAAUUUUACAACUUGAUAACAAUACAACUUAUUUGCUCCUACAAACAGUUAAUAUUUAGCUCCAAUGGUUAAUGAUGGGGUGAAGGUUGAAUUCCUUAAUCAGCAAGAUACAAAUAGACAAAGGCAUUCAUAAAAAAUAUUGUAUUGGCAAAUUAUCGGGAUUUGUAGCACUAAAAUAAAUAUUGUGUAUGUAAAUUAAAAG